AGGCGAUAUGAGACAACCCACUUGUGGACUUUGCGAGAGAACUGGCGGGUCCUGUUCCUUUCCCGUCAAAAGAAAGAAGCCAGAUGUGCGUCGGCCAUCAGUCGCCCACCGGAAUGAACCCAGAGUUGAUCCACGGAAGCUUGAACGCCUCCUUGGUUUGCUCGAGUCACGCCUUGGCAAUGAAGGGGAUGUUGAUCUGCUGGCGUGGCAGCUGUCUGGGACGAAUCAUUCAACCAUUUGUUCCAGUGACAGUGGAUUGCGUACAUUGACCUCGGCCGAUAAUACGGAGCGAGAUCUACAAACAGGAGAUGAAAACGCUUCCGAAGCUGUUUCUUCAACGAGAACGCCGACUAGUACAUUGGAUCCUCAUAUCAUCGACGAUUCGCUCACACCAUCCUCAUCAGCUCACGACUUGACAGAUGACUACCGAGACGAACAUGCAGGCUACCGGUGGUGGUUGACAGUUCCAGAACAAGUCCUUACUGAGCUCAUUCAUUUGUUUUUUGACAAGAUCCAAUGCUGGCUUCCACUUCUACAUCGACCACGAUUCUUCGAUCGCUAUAUGAAGAACGGAGUCUUCUCUAAACGAAGCCCUUCGUCCUUUUCAAAUACUGAGUCACUCUUGUUUUGUGGCUUAUUUGCCCUGGCUGCUCGGCACUCGCAAGACCCAUUUUUUCAGGACGUUCCGGCAUCAGACCGGGGACAACAAUUCAUAAACAACGCGAAUAAGUAUUACGAGAUGACUCGAAUGUCUGAAAAAGGCCCGACACUUAUGCACCUCCAAGGCUACAUCUUGCUCACAUUCUACCAAUACGCCUCCGGGCCUUCCCAUCGUGCCUGGAUCCUUGCGGGAGACUGCGUUCGUCUGGCCUAUGAUUUGAACUUGUGCAAUAUGGACGAGCAGCAAUACGACUGCAUGAUCCCGAGAGAAUGGUCUUUUUUAGAGGAACAACGACGAGCUUUUUGGCUGGUUUGGGAGGUCGAAGCGUUUGGUUCCGCUAUUUCGAGACGUCCGAGCUCUCUCAACCGCUCAAUGAUAGCUUCUCCCAUUAUUGACCCGAGGCCGUGUGUAGUUUGGGGGAUACUGCUCGAUUCGCAGAAUCAAGACGCACGAGCAUGGUUCCUCCUUGCCACCUUCCUCAUGGCAACUGCGGGCGAAUUUGCCGGCGGUCGAUACACAUGUAGGCGCGAUAAGGACGAGCUCGUUGAUGCCAUCACAUGCUUUUCUCUGGUCAUUUCUCAGAGAUUCAACCUAGAAAGCCUCGAGUUCUCUGGGCCCUCUGAAGAUGCUACAAAGUUCAAUUGGGUUAUAGCCAUGCACCUGAUGGUACUGUGUAGCCGUACUACAAUACGGACCAGUUUCGAAACCAAACGCCAACGCCCUGGGAUAGUGGACUGUUCACGGUACAUGUCUCGAAUAUUUUACCAGUGGCAACCAGAGUACAUUAGAUUAAGCCACCCGUUUCUUGCAUGCUGCUUGCUGUCAGAUCUAGCAUACCCUUUAGAGGAGACAGUGCAAGGUUUGCCGUCCCAAAGUACAGAUAUGGCAAAGCUGGUACUAUCACACUAUGCCUCAGUCUGGAAGCUUGCUUCUGUCUUAUUAGAUCUAAGAGAGAUGUUGAUCCGUGGCGCGCAUAAUUCAGCAAACAUCUCAUUCGAGAAGCGUUUUGCGCUAUACUUUCCUCGUGUCCACCGUAGCUGCUCCAAUGACAUUGAAUCCAACCAACCUGGCUUAUUGCUAGGGGUAGCCGACGAGGAAAUGGGGAAAGAUAAUGAGAAUAACUGCCCUGUGUCCAUUUCAGGACUACAACAAUUCCCCCAACUGCCGGGAGAUCUACAGUAUAUAGAGCCCGGAAUGGUUGAUAUCAGCAGUAUAUCUAGUGGAGAAUUCCCCAAGUUCUUGCCCUUUGCUAGCCGGAAUGCUUUCAAUUCGCGGGACUUGCUCGAUUUUGUCUUUGAGAACAAUUAGCCGUUGACGUGUGCCUAGUUACAAGGAUAAGAUCUGGGUGGGCAUGGCGACCAACAUUUGAAGCCUAACGUGGCAGACUUGUACAAUAUCUUUAGGCUGGAUCGAUCUUGUAUAUAUCAUCUCCUUUGGAUUUUCAAAACUAUA